AUGGCACUCCCGAUCGCUGUACUCCCCUCCCUACAACUUGACAGAAAGAAGAAGAUAGGGCUGGGGAUUGUCUUCUCCCUGGGUGUCAUUAUUAUCACUGUCGCCGUUGUCCGUAUGUCCCAAGUCAUCGUGAAACGACAGGUCGACCUUGUCGGAUUAGCUAUCUGGGGUGCUGUCGAAACAGCCACAUCUCUUGUCGUCGGCUCACUUCCAGCCCUUAAAGGCCUUCUCAGUCGAAGCAUCAAGAAGUACACUACUUCGAGAAGCGGACGAUCGGACCCCACAGACUACAGCAGCCAGCCGUCUCACGCUCGACGAGGCGUUGGUUCGUCGAUGGCGCCAAAGGACAUAACAGGCUCAGACUGCUUUCCAUUGGACGAUGUUCACAGGAGCGAGCAAUUUGAUGGAGGAAUCUGUGUGCACAAGACUUUUGACCUGGCUACUGAAGUGGAUGACAACUCUUCACGGGGAGAAGAUGAGGAGCUGGCUAUCAUUCGAGGGCCUGUGAAACGUUAA